CCUCAAACUUUUCUUUAUUUGGAUUGAUAGUUGUAUGAAAAAGGCAUUCUUUCGCCUAGGAAGAUUCAAAACUAACAAUAUUGUUCUUCCAGAUUUCCUUCAUUGUCAUUCGGAAUGAUUACAUGCCCCACUAUAAGGCUUCUUGGUUUGCGAUGACACACAUUCAGUUGAACAUUUGAGCCCCGAAACUUUCCAUGAAUUGCCGAAAAUGUCUUCCAGAGCAUUACGAAAAUUGCAAAAGCAGCGCGAACUAGAGGCACAACUCCAGGUCCCUGAGGAUCAGGAGUCUGAUGAAGAAGUCACGCCUGCCCCUUCAAAAAAGAAAUUAAAUGCAUUCGACUUGCUGAAUGCGGCCGAAGAAGAUGAUGAAGAUGGCCAAGAUUCAGAAGCUGAGAUAGAAUCGAACGAGACACAUACCCCUCAAGUCAAAGCUCCGCCUGCGACUGCAGAAGUAGGGUCAGCCAAAAAGAACAAGAAGAAGAAAAAGAAGAAGUCGACACAAACUGCACCGCAGAAGCUGGCUUCCGAACCGGAAAAACCAGCUACAGAGGAAGAACUUGAUGAUAUUGAUCGAGCUCUCAGGGAGUUGGCAGUGAAGAAUGGCACUGAUGCCGUUUUGGGCGAGAAUCAGCACAUGCUUUCCAGCGCGAGGGAAGGCUCAUUCGCCAAAUCACCCUCGGAACUGCUUGCCAUCGAUCCAAAGUCUCUUAAUGCGAUCAACGAGAUGCGGAAACUUUUCGGAAAUGUCGUUCUUGAGUCAUUUGAUGAUCAGGAUACUGGAUCUGGAAGACGAAGGGAACGGCAACGGGAGAUGAUUGACCUGGGGAAAGCGUUGAGUGGCCGAUAUAGUCCGGCAAGCAGAGGACAGAGUCUUGCCGGUGUAAAAAUGCGGAAAAACAUACUUAUGCAUGGAAAAGACGAGUGGCCGAGAACCACGAGUGGUGGGUUAGGAAUGGAGCUCGUGCAGAAACUACCGGAUGGUAGUAGUCAAUAUCGACUUGUGCACAACAAGGUAUAUAAAGACGUACAACUACAGUUUGACAUGUGUGUUGAAUCUAUGGAUCCUCAACGAUUAAUCCAUCUGCUACAAUACAAUCCAUAUCACAUCUCGACAUUACUUCAAGUCUCCGAAAUAGCGAAACACCAAGGUGAUCAUGCCGUGUCAGCUGAUCUUCUGGAAAGAUCGUUGUUCAACAUAGGGCGUGCAGCUCACUCCUCAUUCAAUACCCAGCUCCAAGAAGGAAAGGCAAGACUGGAUUUUAUGCUCACGGAGAACCGAGAGUUAUGGCUCACAGUAUGGAGAUAUAUUGCAAACCUUGGCAUGAAAGGAACAUGGCGAACAGCAUACGAAUGGGCUAAACUCGUCCUGAGUCUUGACAUUAAUGACCCUUACUGUAUGAGGCUGCUCAUUGACCAUUUGGCACUGCGGGGCCGACAGUACGAGCAUUUUAUCUCUCUUUGCACCGAGACCGUUUUCAAGGAAGACUGGGAGUCAUAUCCCAAUAUCCAGUGUUCACUAUCCUUGGCAUACCUACGAUUGAAUAAGCCCAAAGAGGCUCGUCAGCAACUGCGGGCGGCCAUGUCGUGCUAUCCAUGGAUCUUCAACCGAUUGGCCCAGGAGUUGGAUGUGCAGCCUAUUCCCAAAAGAAUAUGGGGAAAGAUGCCUUCGGCACAGUCUCACGAAUUACUCGCCGAACUUUAUAUAUCUCGCGCAAAGGAUCUGUGGAAUACACCAGAAGUCCUUGCGCUCCUUGUGGAAAUAGCAGAGACUUUGUCUGGAGAUGUCGUUUCUAUUGAACCACCAGAAAUCACAUUGGACAUAGCACGCCACGUCGUACUUUCCGAUAUUCCAAGUGUCACAACUCAUCUUCCGACUCGAUUCACUACCGGCAGAAUUUCCGCUUCUGACCCGCUGCCUCCAUAUGACUCCGAGGCUUACCGACAACAGACAAACCCAGUUCCUUCGUAUAUUUCCCAAAUCCCAGAAGCCGCCCAACCGCAGUGGUUGAGAAAUCUCCUUGGCCGUGUGAAUCCAGAAGGAUUCGAGCAUGCAGAUGAUGAUGACGACCACAGCGAAGAGGGCGAAGAUAAUAAUCCAGAAUUGGGUCCACCAUAUGUACUCGGAGGCUCGGACGAAGAUGAUGACCUUGCAAACGCCUUUCCUCCACCACCCGAAAGUGAUCAAGGGGAAAUUAGACGUUGGCUUUUGGGUAUUGGUAUCCCACCUCUUCAAGCAUUCGUGCGUCAACACGGUAUAGAUCCUGGAAACUGGGACGAUGUUGAAUCUACUCCGGUGAGAAACUAUGUCGAUGCUUUAAUAAGGGUUUAUCCCUUUGAGGAUAGGGAAGAAUUGCUCUAUGGACCAAUUCAAAAUAUACUGGGUGAGAUGGUGGUGGAUCUGCUGGAAUGGCAAGGGCAAAUGCGUCCGGAAUAUUGGGAGCAUCCAAGCAAUUGAAGUGUCGCCACAUGUGGAACAUAUUAGAGUCCCAUGUUUCAUGACAGAGAAAAUAUCCAUGUUCGAAGUUUCAGGAG